AUGUUCAGCUGGUUUGGGAGACUCUCCACCCAAGACCACUCAGACCCCAAACAACGCAGACCCAAGACCACUCAGACCCCAAAUAACGCAGACCCAAGACCACUCAGACCCCAAACAACGCAGACCCAAGACCACUCAGACCCCAAACAACGCAGACCCAAGACCACUCAGACCCCAAAUCCCAGACCCCAGACCCCAGACCUUAGACCCCAAAGAUCUCAGACCCCAAACGGAUCCCAAACCCGAAACCCUAGAUCCCAACCCAUGACAUUAGACCUCAAACCCCGAAAAAAGACCUUCGACCCCAACUCAAACCCCAGACCCGAGACCCCAGACCCCAGACCCCAGACCCCAGCACCACCGCCAGUGCCCAUCGCCGCCGCCGUCGGCGUGAGCCCAGAAGGUCGUCCACUUCCGGCAGCCGAUUGCCCCCCGUCCUUAGAAGGUCCCGAGCGAGCCUUCCUUUCGCCGCUAUAA